GCCCGGGGGCUCCGCAUGCUGCAGCUGCCCCCGGGCGCCCCCGCCGCCGCUCGCCGCGGAGCCGUGCGGAGCCGAGCUCACGAGCUAACCCGAGCCAGCGGCCCGGAGCCAGCCGGCGGGCGUCCCGGAGGCGGCGGCGCAGGGAGGGGCCCGACGGCGCACGUGGCCCCGGCGGCCGCCAUGGCGGACAGCGGCCCCGCAGGGGGCGCGGCGUUGGCGGCUCCGGCCCCUGGACCCGGGAGUGGCGGCCCAGGGCCCCGUGUCUACUUUCAGAGCCCCCCUGGGGCUGCAGGCGAGGGCCCUGGCGGCGCGGACGACGAGGGCCCAGUGAGGCGCCAAGGGAAGGUCACGGUCAAGUACGACCGCAAGGAGCUACGGAAGCGCCUCAACCUGGAGGAGUGGAUCCUGGAGCAGCUCACUCGCCUCUACGACUGCCAGGAAGAGGAGAUCCCGGAGCUGGAGAUUGACGUGGAUGAACUCCUGGACAUGGAGAGCGAUGAUACCCGAGCUGCCAGGGUCAAGGAGCUGCUGGUUGACUGUUACAAACCCACUGAGGCCUUCAUCUCUGGCCUGCUGGACAAGAUCCGGGGCAUGCAGAAGCUGAGCACACCCCAGAAGAAGUAAGGGUCCUCGACCCAGGUGAACGGUGGCUCCCACAGGACAAUCGCUGCCCUGCAACCUCGUAGCAACAGCAAUACCGGGGGGCCCUGCGGCCAGGCCUGGUGCCAUGCGCAGUGCUCCCCGUGCCCCUGGCCCAGGGGCCUCUUCCCUGCCCCCUCAGUUUUCCAUUUUUGGGGUUUUUUAUUAUUAUUAAACUGACGGGACUUUUUGUGUUUUUAUAUUGACUGCGGCGCGGGCCCUUUAAUAAAGCUAGGAUAUGCCUUUGGUGCAGUUAA